CAUGGACAUUUUUUGUGUUUUAUUAUAAAACCAUAUAGGAGCUGUAUAUUUUAUCAAAAGUGAACAUGACUUAAUGUUAACAGCACCACCACCACCACCAACAACAUCAUCCUCAUCUACAACAUUAUUACUAACAACAUUACCCACCGGAUUACAGCAAACAUUGGCAGCUAACUCCACACUGCCGCCGCCUAGCACAUCAUUAACAUCAUCAUCAUCAUCAUUAACAGCAACAACAUUUCUUACACCCCCAACUACUAGUAGUAAUACUAGAAAAUCUCGUCGUUUAAAUAAAUCUAUACAAUUAGAUUAUACCACCAUACCUCUACUAACUGUUAGGCGUGGUACAACAAAAACAAAUUCAAAAUAUGUUUGUGAUAAAUGUCCCCAUAAAUCAUAUCAAACUUAUAAUAGUUUAUUACGUCAUCAACGUGUUGAAUGUCAUAAAGAUCCUCAACAUAUUUGCUCUUUAUGUUCGAUACGUUUUUAUUAUUUAACUACCUUAAGAAAACAUGCCAAACGUAUGCAUAAUAUAGAUGUUGAUUAAAGUUGAGGAAAACUUAAGGAAUUUUAAAGAAAUUUCUUUAAAAUAAUAAUAAUUUUAUUUGAAAAAUGUAUAUUAAAAACUUAUAUAUAAAAAAUCUUAAAACUAAAUUAAAUGUUGUGUUGUUUCUUUGUAAUAAUAAUUGUAUUAAACAAAUAUCUUUAUAUAUAGUAAAAAUAACGGUAGUUUUUAGUUAAAUUUAGUUAAAAACUUUUAAAAGUAAAAUUUGAGCAAAUUAUUUAAUAGUUUUAGUUAAAUUUAGUUAAAUUUCUUUAAUUUAGUAAAAUUUUUAUUAGUUUGUAAUGUUUUGUUAAACAAAUAUUGACAAUUUUCUUUAUCAAGUUAAACUUUUAAGGCUUAAUUUUGUU